AUGGCGAUGCGUUUAGUGUGCGGUCGCCGGCUGCUUCUUCGCCUUCUGCGGCCUCAGCGUCCGUGCACGCCUUCGGGACCUGCAGUCUGUGCGAGCAGAGUAGCAGGUCCCUGCAACAGGCUGUCGGCGGGGGCCCUGGGUGGGGGCGGCGGGGACUCAGGGGCUACCCUUACCCUUUCACACGAGCAGUUCCACAGCGUCGCAGGGUCCCCGAAACCGCUGGCCGCGGAGCUCCUCGUCGCGGCCCGCCCUGGUAGUGGGCGGACACACUACGCGCUUCUCGCCGCCUUAAGUCCCCGCUGCAUCAGUACAUCUGCCACCUUGUUUGCAGAAGCCCAGGUCCAGGCACCUCCUGCUGUUCCUGCCGCCUCCACCCCUGCUGCAGUGCCAGGGGUGGCUUCUGGAGAAGCUGCGGAUGUGGUCCAGUGUGCUGCAGAGCCGAGCUUCACUGAGCUGGGCCUUGGGUCCUACACCCCAGUGGGACUCAUCCAGAACCUCUUGGAGUUCAUGCAUGUUGACCUGGGCCUACCUUGGUGGGGGGCCAUUGCCACGUGUACGGUCCUUGCCCGCUGCCUGGUUUUCCCUCUCAUCGUGAAGGGCCAGCGAGAAACAGCCAAGCUCCACAACCACAUGCCAGAUCUCCAGAAGUUCUCCAGUCAAAUCAGAGAGGCCAAGUUGGCAGGAAACCAGGCUGAAUUUUACAGGGCCACCAUAGAGAUGACACGCUAUCAGAAAAUGCACGACAUUAAAUUCUCCCGGUCCUUCAUUCUACCUCUCACCCAGGCACCCGUCUUCAUCUCCUUCUUCAUUGCCUUGAGAGAAAUGGCCAACCUGCCUGUGCCCAGCCUCCAGACUGGUGGGCUCUGGUGGUUCCAAGAUCUCACGGUGUCUGACCCCACCUACGUCUUACCGCUGGUCGUCACUGCCACAAUGUGGGUUGUCCUUGAGCUAGGUGCUGAGACGGGCAUGCAGAGCUCUGACCUCCAGUUCAUGAGGAACAUCAUCAGAGUGAUGCCCCUGAUGGUCUUGCCCCUGACCAUCCACUUCCCCUCGGCAGUGUUCAUGUACUGGCUGUCCUCCAACAUGUUCUCCCUGUGCCAAGUGGCCUGCCUCCGGGUUCCCGCUGUGCGCACAGUGCUUAAGAUCCCCCAGCGCGUCAUACAUGACCCUGACAAAUUGCCCCCUAAGGAAGGCUUCUUGAAGAGCUUCAAGAAAGGCUGGCAGAAUGCUGAGAUUGCACAUCAGCUCCGAGAGCGUGAAGAGCGAAUGCAGAAACACUUGGACCUAGCUGCCAGGGGUCCCUUGCGACAGACUUUUACCCACAACCCUCUGCUACAGCACGAUCCAAGCCACCCUCCCAAUACCCCCAACAACACCAGCAGCAGCAGCAGCAGCAGCAGCAGUAGCAGCAGUAGCAGCAGCAAACCCAAGCCAAAGCAGCCUUGGCGUGACACCCUCGGCUGAGGCAGUCUGUGCUCACCCUGACAAGAGCCCUGCCUCUUUACGGACUCCUCCAAACAGACUUGAUGCUGUGUCCUUGCCCUGGACCUG